AUAAAAACUAAAAUCCAAAACAGUCGAACGACUGUUUUUAGCUUUAAAUCUGGUUAAUCUAGUGGCGCUAAUCUGUGAUUUAAUUAUCUCUUCUGCAGUUGUUGAUCUUCAUGCUGUUAACGACAAUUCUUUGAUUUGAAUCACUUUGUUACAUCCUGAGUCUCCUGACACCUCCGUCGGUUUACAGAAAUUUCAAGCUGGGUUUGAAAUAAACCGUCAUGCAGCGUUGAAACCAUAUGGACCGAUACAAUGUUAUUUGAAACUGUUCCGCAGCUGGAUGAAAAUCCGUGGCUUUUCGAUUUUCUCUGGCGUGCUGAUUUGAAUUCCGCCAUGUUGUACUAAGAGAUCUUCUCACUGGAAGUUUACAGUGGUUAAAUGAUGACGCAACACAAUGCUGCGGAAGAGCGGCGCGAAAUUGUGGAGCGCUACAAGCGCGGUCGUGAACCGGGAGCUAACAUCGAUCCCUGGGAAGAUCCACAGUUUGAGCACUACCACAAAACCGACCGCUACGGCUUCAUCCACGAUCAACGACUUCCUUCCAUCGACAAAACUAAUAGCAAACAUCAGAAAAUGCUGGCCGUUGAAUGGAAACGGACGGACAAAUGGACGAAAAUGAUCGCUAAAUGGGACGAGGUGGUGCAUACGGAUAAAUUCCGAAAAAGGAUUUACAAAGGCAUUCCCAAUCGGUUGCGCGUGGAGGUGUGGAAAAAGCUGCUUAAAAUUGACGAAAUCAAAAAGGAACAAGUGGACGUUUAUAAGACGAUGCGGAAUCAGGCCUACUUGAACUCGCCCGAAAUCCGACAAAUUGAUCUGGAUGUUAACAGGACAUAUCGUAACCACGAUAUAUUCCGUGAACGCUAUGGCCUGAAACAGCGUAGUCUUUUUGACGUCUUGGCAGCUUAUUCCAUUUAUAAUACGGAAGUGGGCUAUUGUCAAGGGAUGUCACAGAUUGCUGCGCUUUUGCUCAUGUAUAUGGACGACGAAGAUGCGUUUUGGGGGCUUUCUGCUUUAUUAACGGAUCGGAAAUAUGCCAUGCACGGGUUUUUCCUUCCCGGAUUUCCUAAACUAUUACGAUUUCAACAGCAACACGAUGCCAUAUUGAAAAAAUUUUUGCCUAAACUGAAGAAGCACGUGGACAAACACGAUGUUCAUACCAACAUCUACUCUGUCAAGUGGUUCUUUCAGUGCUUUCUGGAUCGAGUUCCGUUUCAUUUAUCCUUGCGUUUGUGGGAUAUUUAUCUUUACGAAGGGGAAAGAGUUCUUAUUGCCAUGGCGUACAACGUUUUCAAGAUGCACAAGUCCCAAAUUUCCAAAUUGAAAUCCAUGGAGUCCAUAAUAGAUCUGCUACAACGAGAAUUAGAAAAAGAUUUCGGCUAUGCGGAUGACGAAGUGAUCAAAAGCCUUACUGAGUGCAUGGAUGAGCUGAGAAGGCAUAAACUGGACGUCCCGGUAUCCGUGGAGAACGAACAGCCUUCGAAGCCUUUUGGUCUCCUGUACAACCCUACUGUAGGUCAAGUAAGACGUGUCAUUGAUUCCAGUGUAAUGUCUGGAAGAACAUCACAGAUCGACGAGAGGGAGAGACCUGUCAACGGGCAUCCUUCCCAUCCCAGCCCCAUGAUGAUUAUGAGCGGAGUGAAUCCGAGGCCCAUAUCGGAGGAACGAUUAUCCAGGCCACAUUCCCGGCAGAUGACGCAAACGCCUUCGUUCUAUGAUAACGUCGAACUCCCUCUCGGAAGGAUCAACAAGGUUCGGCCUAGCGACCAUGAAUCUUCCGGUGAUCAUCAUCAUCAACGAUAUGUCAGCUAUGUACAAGUGAAUACCGGCGGACAGGAUCGCGCUUCGACCCAGCCUAUGCAUGUCGUGGAAACGUCCCAGGAAUAUACCAGGGAAUACACUUACGGACCGGUGAAAAGUCCCUCAGGUCAAGAGAAUCAUGGCCUUGUUAAACGCGAGAGUCUCCGAGCUACGUCAGCCAGUCCGCCUCGGCCCGGCUUGCCGCACACCAUGGAAAUGACGAUUCCCAGUAAGCCGUAUGGGAACGGACGCGAGGUGGCCAAUGGCGGUCCUACUGUAUUGAUGGUUAUGUUGCUGGAAAUGAACGAAUCCUUCUACGGAUUCUCUACGAACAAUCUGGGCACGGAUCUCAUUGUCCCGCCCAGCCAUCCGUCCCCGCAUCAUUUAUCCACAUCGGGCUGCUUCGGACUUCCGUCGCCAAAUCCGAAUGGAGCAUUUGGCGGGAUGUCGAUGAUGGGAUUAGGCAGCAGCAGCGCCACACUGGAUCUGGCCGAAGGGAACACCAGCGGCAGCAGUUCGGACCGUGAGCCGCCCGAUUCCAAAGUGGACAUUGAUGAUGAACUGUGUCCGGUGUGCGGCGACAAAGUGUCCGGCUAUCAUUACGGACUGCUGACGUGCGAAAGUUGCAAGGGUUUUUUUAAGCGGACAGUGCAGAAUAAGAAGGUCUACACAUGCGUCGGAGAACGUAGCUGCCAUAUUGACAAAAGCCAAAGGAAACGAUGCCCUUUCUGCCGAUUCCAGAAAUGUCUGGAAGUUGGCAUGAAGCUGGAAGCUGUCAGAUCUGACCGAAUGAGAGGCGGAAGAAACAAAUUUGGACCAAUGUACAAAAGAGAUCGUGCAAGAAAAUUGCAAGCUUUAAGGACCCGUCAACAGCUGACGUACAAUCCUCUCGGCCACAACCAUGGUUUAAGCCAUUCCCGAUCCAAUAGCGGCAAAUCGGAUGAUUCUGCUAAUUACGUUCUCCCGCCCAUCGGCAACGGUUCCUUAAUGUAUGAUUUCCAUAGCGCAUCGGCUUCUCGGAAAACGGAAAUGAUCCAGAUUCCCCAUCUCAGCUCUACGAAUUCCCCAGAAAACCUACAUCUGGUGGCUGCCGAUACCAACAGUAAUUCCCAUGCACCGGCAUCGUGGUCCGGCACAGGUUCACCGAAUUCCGGCGCACCUUGUAAUCAGAAUAUUGCGCUACUAAAUAUUGGCGGUAUGCACCUGCAUGGGACGCGAUCCCCCGGACAGCCCUUGAUGGAGGCCGGGGAACCGGGGCAGAUAAUCCUCCCGCGCAGCGUAACAGAACUGCAGAUGACCUUAAUUGACGAUAAGAUCUGGCAGGAUAAUCUGCAUGCGCUGCUCCACCAGCAGACAUACAACCAGUGCGAAGUGGAUUCGUUUGAACUGUUGUGCAAAGUUUUGGACCAAUGCUCGUUUUUGCAAGUGGAAUGGGCAAAAAAUUCGGCCUACUUCAAAGAUCUGCAGGUGGAAGAUCAAAGCUCAUUAAUCCAACAUUCGUGGAGUGAGAUGGUGAUUUUGGAUUUUGUAUAUCAUCGUCUGUUUAACAAUUUGCCGGAUGAGACAACGUUGCCCAACGGUCAAGCAUUUUGUUUUCUGGACCUGGUUAUCUUGGGAGCCAAUACCAACAUAGAGCUGUUACAUAGCUUUACCGCCCGAUUACGAGAGCUGAAAUUCGACAGGAAUGAUUAUGUAUGCUUCAAAUUCCUUUUACUCCUAAGAUCUGAUGUGCCUCGAUUGAUAGACAGAGGUCACGUGCGAACAAGUCAAGAGCAUGUUCAGCGUUUAUUUCUGGAACACUGCAUUGGAGUUUAUCCACACAUGCCUGAAAGAUUUAGUCAGCUUCUUCUGGUGCUUUCGGAACUAACCGUCAUGGCUAAUCAUGGAGAAGAAUAUUUAUAUUACAAACAUAUGACCGGAGCUGCCAGCACCAAAACGUUGUUAAUGGAACUUCUCUCCGGACCGAAGCGAAAACAUUAAUUUAAUCUAAGAACUCUUCGGAAUACUCUACAGUCAUUCCGUAACCUUUGGUAUUAUCAGCUAUCAUUAAUUUGGAUAGUUCGAAUACCGGUCCCGGUCAUUCUCCUCCUGAACCACAAUCAAACGUGGACUCUCAUCCUGUUGUGUUCGUUUCCACCGACGGUGAGCAGCACUCUUCCGGUGAAUCGGUUCCGGUACAAAUACGAUAGUUUCUUUCUUACUGCCGCGCGCAUCGGUCUUCCUCCCUUCAUUGAAUCGAUGCAUCAAGUUAUUAUCAUAUUGAUGAUUAAUUUGUUGUUUAACCUAUUGUGUUUAUGGAAUUUGUUAUAUGCUUGUUUUGUGUAAAGUAAUUGUAAAUAGUGCCAAAUAUUGUGUACUUAGUAGUUUGAUGCAUAACACUGGCAAUGGUUUGUGAGCUCGUUUUUCUGUUUUUUGUUAAGCUGUAUUUUGUAAGUUGCAAUCAGUAGUGUUUGUACGUGUACUUUUCUCGUAACUGCGAUUGUUAAUUUUUCCGGUAUCUGUUCCUCUUUCCGAUAAGCCAAAAAGUUGUUUUUGUUAUUCUCAGCUAUGCAUCAUCCCGCAGCGUUAUAAAGCGUUUGUUGUUAGA